GGUUUAGGUGAAACAAAACCCUCUCUCCCCAAAAACCCAAACCCUUGGCGGCUGCGAGACUCGUUCUCUCUAUUUUCUCUCUCUAUCACUCUUUUAGGGUUUCUCAUCUCUUUGAUUUGGGGCUUAAACCCUCUCUAUCCUUGAUUCAGAUUCAGAUUCAUUUUUGGGGGUUUCUGUUUCUUGAAUUCAUUCGAAGAAAGAACGAGAUCUCAUCUUUGAUUCCGAUAUGGCUGCCGUUGCAAAUCCCGCGGAUCAAGCAGCUGAAUUGUUGCAGAAGUUCUCAUUAGAAUCUCAGCCGAAGUCCUUGGAAAUUCCCGAGCCAAACAAGAAGGCUACAGGAAACCAGUAUGAUUCGGGAAAUGCUCUGAAUGGCCAGAUCCCGUCGUAUGAACGCUCCGUAACCCCUGUGUUGCAGGACUUUAUGGAUCCCGCCAUGUGCUAUCUUCCAAAUGGAUACCCUUCGUAUUAUUAUGGUGGUUAUGAUGGGACUGGCAGUGAGUGGGAAUAUUUGAAUGCUGAUGGAGUUGAUUUGACUUCUGGAGUCUAUGGGGAUAAUGGGUCGUCUCUGGUGUAUCACCAUGGAUAUGGAUAUGCACCCUAUGCUCCCUACUCUCCAGCUGGUUCUCCAGUUCCAACCAUGGGAAAUGAUGGUCAGUUGUAUGGCCCUCAACACUAUCAGUAUCCUCCCUUUUUUCAGCCGUUGACACCAACCAGUGGGCCAUUCACGCCAACUUCUGCUGCCCAUCCUCAGGGUGAUAAUUCCACAUCUGUAGCUGCUGAUCAAAAGCCUCUUUCUGUGGAAGCAGCUAAUGGAAAUACCAAUGCUGGCACAAAUGGUGUGAAUGCUAAAGGUCGCACUCCUACAUCUGGUGGUUAUCAAGAUCCCAGAUAUGGUUUUGAUGGAGCACGCUCACCUAACCUAUGGCUAGAUACCCCAAUAUUUUCAGAUGGGCAGCCAAGGCCUGUAAGUAGCACAGUAAUCUCAUCCUCAAUAUCAAGUGGCAACAACGGUACUGCUUCAAGGAACCAGACUUACCGCCCCAAUUCUCAAUAUAUGGGCUUGCACCAUCCUAGGCCAAUUCCUGCCAUGGGAGCCACCCCCGGCUUCAUUAACAGGAUGUAUCCGAACACAAGAUAUGGUCAGUAUGGGAACUCUGUUAGAUCAGGUAUGGGUUAUGGAACACAUGGUUAUGAUUCUCGUACAAAUGGGCGAGCUUGGCUUGCUGUGGACAACAAAUACAAAACAAGGGGAAGAAAUGGUGGUUACUUUGGGUAUGGCAAUGAGAACACGGAUGGUUUGAAUGAACUGAACAGGGGACCUAGGGCCAAGGGUGGUAAGAACCAAAAAGUUUUUGUUCCAACUGUUCUGACCGUCAAAGGGCAGAAUGUGCCAGUGAACACUGUUGAUGAAGAGAAAGAGAAGAAUAGUACUACUCCAGACCGUGAACAAUAUAACAAGGCUGAUUUUCCAGAAGAAUACACCGAUGCUAAAUUUUUUGUCAUCAAGUCUUACAGCGAGGAUGACAUUCAUAAAAGCAUCAAGUAUAAUGUGUGGGCCAGCACUCAAAAUGGCAACAAGAAGCUUGAUGCUGCCUACCAAGAGGCCCAGCAAAAAUCUGGUGGCUGCCCUAUAUUCCUUUUGUUCUCUGUUAAUACCAGUGGACAAUUUGUUGGGCUAGCAGAGAUGACCGGUCCUGUUGAUUUCAACAAAAGUCUGGAGUAUUGGCAGCAAGACAAGUGGAUGGGCUGUUUUCCUUUGAAGUGGCACAUUGUUAAGGAUGUUCCUAACAACGUGUUGAGGCACAUUACAUUGGAAAACAAUGAGAACAAACCUGUCACCAACAGUCGGGAUACACAGGAGAUAAUGUUGGAGCCAGGUCUGAAGCUGCUCAAAAUUUUUAAGGAAUACUCGAGCAAGACAUGCAUUCUGGAUGAUUUUGGGUUCUAUGAGGGCCGUCAGAAGACUAUUUUGGAGAAGAAAGCCAAGCAGCAAUUCCCAAAGCAGGUAUGGGAAGGGAAGCCUACUGAUGAGAAGAUAGAGGUGAAUGGGGAAACCAAUACUCAAAAAUCUGAAGUCAACUCUGAGUUGCUCAAAGAGUCUACCCUAGCCAAGGACAAUGAUGAUAACAAACAUUCUGAGAAUGGAGCUGUUCCAACAACUGGAGAUGCCCCAAAGGGUGCUAAACCUGUUGUAUCUGAGAGUAAAAUUGUACCCAAUGGUGUUGCUAAUGGUUGCUAAGCUCUACUGUUUCCAACAAUGGCGGUGAUUGAGUUUAAUGGCUUAUACUGUUUUUUUGCAAUGCUACACUCAGCAACUUGGUCCCGCCUCUGAUUGGAUCCGUCUCGCUUUCUCUUGCUUUGUGAAGAUGAUUGGUGAUUAGUGAGAUCUGUAUAUUGAGAUAGGCUGAGCGGAGUUAGUAGAUAGAAUGCUAGCACCAACCCAACCCCUUAUGAUUGGGUUUUGUUUACAGUGGUUAGCUCCUAACAGAUUUUAUUUUUACUCCUAGGGGUUUUUGGGAUUUAGGAUUUCUGCUUAAGAUACUCAUAUGGUUUUUGUUUGCUUUUUAUCCUCCUCUCUCCUUUUUCGUUUUUUUUACUUGGUUGGUCGUUUCCUGUCUUGUAAAUUUAUAUCUACUUUGUUGGGGAACAGCUUUCUUUUUUGUUUCACACACGGGGUAGAUGCAAGGUGGGAAGCAUUUGAAAUAUAGUUUGCUUUAAGUUUUAAUUUUUCCUUUUGGGUCUAGUUUAGUCUGUUUCUUAAUUUACUUUUUGAAGAUUGACUUGCGCAUACAGAAGAUAGAAUAUUUGUGGACAAUCUGUUAUGUAAUGGGGUGUUUUUCUGGCUAUGAAGUUCACCAUAUUUAGUUGACGUAUCUUGUUUGUUA